GCGGCUGCCACGUUGGAGCGGAGCGUGGAGGUGGCCCUGGGCCGCGGAGGAGGGGCGGCGGCGGCGGCGGCGGCGGAUCCUGGGAGAGUCCGACGUUCACCGGCUAACGCAGGGCAGGUCGCUGAGGUUCGCCAGAAUGAAGUUAAAGGAGGUAGAUCGUACAGCUAUGCAGGCAUGGAGCCCUGCCCAGAACCACCCCAUUUACUUAGCCACAGGAACAUCUGCUCAGCAGUUGGAUGCAACCUUUAGUACCAAUGCUUCCCUGGAGAUAUUUGAGCUGGACCUUUCGGACCCAUCCUUGGAUAUGAAGUCCUGUGCUACUUUCUCCUCUUCUCACAGGUACCACAAGUUGAUCUGGGGACCUCAUAAGUUGGAUUCCAAAGGGGACGUUUCUGGAGUUCUGAUUGCAGGUGGAGAAAAUGGAAACAUUAUUCUUUAUGAUCCUUCUAAAAUUAUAGCUGGAGACAAGGAAGUUGUGAUUGCCCAAAAGGACAAGCAUACUGGGCCAGUGAGAGCCCUGGAUGUAAACAUCUUCCAGACCAAUCUGGUGGCCUCCGGUGCUAACGAAUCUGAGAUCUACAUUUGGGAUCUAAACAACUUCGCAACUCCAAUGACGCCCGGAGCUAAGACACAGCCACCAGAAGAUAUCAGCUGCAUAGCAUGGAACAGACAAGUUCAGCAUAUCUUAGCGUCAGCUAGUCCCAGUGGCCGGGCAACUGUCUGGGAUCUCAGGAAAAAUGAGCCCAUCAUCAAAGUCAGCGACCACAGUAACAGGAUGCAUUGCUCUGGGCUGGCGUGGCACCCUGAUGUUGCUACUCAGAUGGUCCUCGCCUCUGAGGAUGAUCGGUUACCAGUGAUCCAAAUGUGGGAUCUUCGAUUCGCUUCCUCUCCUCUUCGGGUUCUGGAAAAUCAUGCCAGGGGGAUUUUGGCAAUUGCUUGGAGCAUGGCAGAUCCUGAAUUGUUAUUAAGCUGUGGAAAAGAUGCUAAGAUUCUCUGCUCUAACCCUAACACGGGAGAGGUAUUAUAUGAACUUCCCACCAACACACAGUGGUGCUUUGAUAUCCAGUGGUGUCCUCGGAAUCCUGCUGUCUUGUCUGCCGCUUCCUUUGAUGGACGGAUCAGUGUUUAUUCCAUCAUGGGAGGAAGCAUAGACGGCUUACGGCAGAAACAAGUUGACAAGCUUUCGUCGUCUUUUGGGAAUCUUGAUCCCUUCGGCACAGGACAACCCCUCCCUCCAUUACAAAUACCACAGCAGACCGCUCAGCACAGCAUAGUGCUGCCCUUGAAGAAGCCUCCCAAGUGGAUCCGGAGACCUGUGGGCGCUUCCUUCUCAUUUGGAGGGAAGUUGGUGACUUUUGAGAAUGUCGUAGUGCAGCCGCAGCAGGGAGCUGAGCAGCAGCGGAGGCAGCCUGUGUUCAUCAGUCAAGUGGUGACAGAAAAAGAUUUUCUCAGCCGGUCGGAGCAGCUGCAGCACGUUGUGCAGUCUCAGGGCUUUAUCAGUUACUGCCAGAAAAAGAUCGAUGCUUCCCAGACUGAGUUUGAGAAAAAUGUGUGGUCCUUCUUGAAGGUAAACUUUGAGGAGGAUUCUCGUGGAAAGUAUCUUGAGCUUCUUGGAUACAGAAAAGAAGAUCUGGGGAAAAAGAUUGCUUUGGCCUUGAACAGAGUGGACGGAUCCGAUGUGGCUCUUAAGGACUCUGACCAAGUAGCGCAGAGUGAUGGGGAGGAGAGUCCUGCUGCUGAAGAGCAGCUCUUGGGAGAGCGCAUUAAAGAGGAAAAACCGGAAAGUGACUUUCUGCCCUCCGCUGGAGGGACGUUUAACAUCUCUGUCAGUGGGGAUAUUGAUGGUUUAAUUACUCGGGCCUUGCUGACGGGCAAUUUUGAGAGUGCAGUUGACCUUUGUUUACAUGAUAACCGAAUGGCUGAUGCCAUUAUAUUAGCCAUAGCGGGUGGACAAGAACUCUUGGCUCAAACACAGAAGAAAUACUUCGCAACAUCCCAAAGCAAAAUUACCAGGCUGAUCACUGCAGUGGUGAUGAAGAACUGGAAGGAGAUUGUUGAAUCCUGUGAUCUUAAAAAUUGGAGAGAGGCUUUAGCUGCAGUACUCACUUACGCUAAACCAGACGAGUUCUCAGCCCUUUGCGAUCUUUUGGGAGCCAGGCUUGAAAGUGAAGGAGACAGCCUCCUGCGCACUCAGGCCUGCCUUUGCUACAUCUGCGCGGGGAAUGUGGAGAGAUUGGUUGCUUGUUGGACCAGAGCUCAAGACAGUAGCAACCCCUUGUCUCUCCAGGAUCUGAUUGAGAAAGUUGUCAUCCUCCGCAAAGCUGUGCGGCUCUCCCAAGCCAUGGACACAAACACUGUCGGGGCUCUUCUGGCCGAGAAGAUGAGUCAGUAUGCCAGCUUGUUGGCAGCCCAGGGCAGCAUUGCUGCAGCCUUGGCGUUUUUGCCUGACAACACUAACCAGCCAAAUAUCGUGCAGCUGCGUGACCGACUCUGUAGAGCACAAGGCAAGUCUGUGCCGGCACAGGAAUCAUCGAAGAGCCCAUAUGAGAGGCAGCCGCUGUCCAAGGGCAGGCCUGGACCAGUUGUUGGCCACCCGCAGAUGCCCAGAGUUCAGACUCAACAAUAUUAUCCCCAUGGAGAAAAUCCUCCACCUCCGGGUUUCAUAAUGCACGGCAAUGUUAUUCCAAAUCCCACCGCCCCGCUGCCUGCAUCCCCAGGCCAUAUGCACAGCCAGCUGCCUCCUUAUCCACAGCCACAGCCUUACCAGCCAGUCCAGCAGUAUUCCUUCGGAACAGGGGGGUCAGCAGUUUAUCAACCUCAACAGCCUGUUGCUCCUCCUGCUUCUAACACUUACCCUAACACCCCGUACAUAUCUCCUGCCGCUUCCUAUUCUGGACACCCUCAGAUGUACACAGCACAGCAAGCCUCCUCACCUCCCUCCAGCUCUGCUGCUUCUGUCCCUCCCCCCCCUUCCUCUGGAGCGUCCUUCCAGCAUGGCGGACCAGGAGCUCCCCCGUCAUCUUCAGCUUAUGCACUGCCUCCUGGAACAACAGGUACACCGCCUGCUGCCGCCAGUGAGCUGCCUGCGUCCCAAAGAACAGAGAAUCAAUCUUUUCAAGACCAAGCAUCUAUAUUGGAAGGUCCUCAGAAUGGUUGGAAUGAUCCUCCAGCUUUGAACAGAGUACAGAAGAAGAAGAAGAUGCCUGAGAACUUCAUGCCUCCUGUUCCCAUUACAUCACCAAUCAUGAACCCUUUGGGAGAUCCCCAGUCACAGGUGCUGCAGCAGCAGCCUUCAGCGCCAGGGCAACUGUCAAGCCAUGCCUCCUUCCCGCAGCCACACCUCGCAGGUGGCCAGCCCUUCCAUGGUGUACAACAGCCUCUUGCUCAAACAGGCAUGCCACCGUCUUUCUCAAAGCCCAACACUGAAGGGGCCCCGGGAGCUCCCAUUGGAAACACCAUCCAGCACGUGCAGGCUCUGCCAACAGAAAAAAUUACCAAGAAACCUAUUCCAGACGAGCACCUCAUUCUAAAGACUACGUUUGAGGAUCUCAUCCAGCGCUGCCUCUCCUCAGCUACAGACCCCCAAACCAAGAGGAAGCUGGAUGAUGCCAGCAAGCGCCUGGAGUUCCUAUACGACAAGCUUAGGGAACAGACACUUUCCCCAACAAUCAUCAACGGUCUCCACAGCAUUGCGAGGAGCAUUGAGACGAGGAACUACUCUGAAGGGUUGAGCGUCCACACUCACAUCGUCAGCACUAGCAACUUCAGUGAGACCUCGGCCUUCAUGCCAGUUCUCAAGGUGGUCCUCAGUCAGGCCAGCAAGCUGGGCGUCUGAGGUCAGCUGCACUGUCCCUGACAUUGCCACUUCUCCAAAGAAAGCCAUGCUAAGACUGGGACCAACCUCUCAUUAGCAUGCGUCCACGCUGCCCGGCACCCAAGAGCUUUGACAUUAUUUCUGCAGGCAUACUCCCCUAGAACUGUUUGACCCCCCCUGGUGCUUUCCUUUGUUUUAAUCUCCUGUCGCCUAUUAUGAUUUUUCCUAUUCUGCAAAUAGUGUCUUUCCUGGAUUACACAUAAUGUGGUUUCCUGAGGGAUUCUGACAAAAUGUGCUUUUUAAAACUUUGGUGUACUUUAAAGGAAAAUUGCAUCUGGCUAUGUAUAAAACAGACCUAAAAUAAAUUUCUUUGAUGUCUUCCCUACUUUUUUCACAUCAAUCAGAUUAAAAUGUGUAAUCCUAUCUUA